AUGGCUGCUGCUUGUGUAGUUUCUUCGAUAUGUAUCAUCAGUGCCAGUUGUCUCAUAUGUCUUGCUGCUUAUGAAAUUUACCCCCUUAUCACGUGCUGUAUCAAUAAACGAAAAGAAAAAAAAGGAGGUGGAGAGGAUACAAAAGAAGAUGGUGGCGAAAAAGAUGAACAAAAUCAACAAGGGGAUGAACAGAAGAAAGAUCGACCGAAAAAGAAUGUACAGCGAAAAGAUGAAAAGAAAAGAGAUGUAGAGAAAAAAAGUAGUGAACAAAAGAAAGAGGAACAAAAUAAAGGAGAACAAGAAGAAAAGGUGGAAAAGAGCAAAUCAGAACCAGAUAGAAAAAAUGAGAGAAAUAGAAGAGAACAAGGUGAUAGACAAGUGAGGGAAAAACGAGAACCAGAGAAAAGAGUGCAAAGGCCGAAGCCAAAUAAGGAGCAACAGAAAAAGAAAGAACCACAACAAAAGGGAAGAGAACCACAACAAAAACAACAACAACAAAAACAACGAAAAUAA